AUCGAAACUCCGAUCAGUGUAAGUUCCAAAGUUUAACUUGAAGUUACUAUGGGGAGUAGUUUGUUUCAAAGAUGCUCACUUGCGAUAUUCUUGACUGCCAUAAUGCGCCAGUCAGAUGCAGUAUUGCUAUGGGUUGCUGUCACCGUCGCCUUUGCUCCAAACACCAAAGUCCUCCUUUUCACGAUUGCCCCAAGAGCGAGGAUGACUGGGAUGUGUUUUGCAAAGCCUUCGUAAAGACAGAAACUGUUGAACUCAUGGCGCUUCAACAGUGCAUCAGUCCCAUUCAACUAGCGAACAUUGCAUCAUCUCUUCGCGAUGACAUCCUGUGCACCAUUCCAGCUCUCGUCGCAGCCACAGCCAACCGCCCUAAGCUUUCGAAGAUGAUGGGGGGAAUGAACGUUCAUCUCGAUAUCGUAUUUGACGAUAGUGUCGUCUGGCUCGCUCGUAUUCAACGAACAACCGCAGUCACACCUCCCCCAGCUGUGCAAAACCACAUUUUGCUCAGUGAAUUCGCGACAUUGGAGUAUCUUAACCGCAUUGGAGUGCCAACUCCUACCAUUCACAGAUAUGGCCUAGCAGCCGAUUCAAACGGCAUCGACGUCAACUACAUCCUGAUGGAUAAGCUUCAAGCUUCCCCGCUUGAGUGGUACGAUUUGGGUCCCGACCAGCGUCGUCGGGUACUCCAUCAACUAGCCAACAUCUUCAUCACACUCGAUCAUCAUUCAUUUCGACAAACCGGUUCUAUUAUUCAGCCGCAUACGUCUAUUGGUGCUUUCGCAGAUCGCGUGAUAUUUGAACCAAAUUAUUUACAGAGACUUAACCUGCUGGGCCCGUUCACCAGCCUUCGUCAACAUCUAGAUCACACAAUUAAUUGUCAUCUUCGCCUCAUCGAAUCCUCUCAGUGGGCUGUCAAUGAUCCUGUAACAUCCUAUCUCAUAUAUCGCACUCUGCUGGAUGCCUAUCCCCGCAUCCUGCCAGCCGAAACGAUGAACGGUGAAAUCUUUUGUCUGCGCCAUCAAGAUGACAAGGGUGAUCAUAUACUCGUCAACGACCAACUUGAUAUCCUUGGCAUCAUCGAUUGGGAGUGGUCAAAAGUUGUUGCGAAGUCAUUCGCAUUUGCUGCGCCUAUAAUGCUAUUGCCACUCGCAUUUGAUGAAGGCAGCGACCUGCUGUCACAGGAUGAAGAGGAACUCGCAAAGAUAUUCGACUCCCUUGGUCGGUCAGAUAUGGCGUUGUGUGUUCGUGAUGGACGUGCCUAUCACCGAAUUUCAUUCAUCCUUGACAAUGGUGAUCGUCCCGAGACGUGCAAGCCACAUAUGAAGGGACUUUUUCAGUUGUUGGGAAACGAAUUUUGGGAGUGGGAGACAUGGCGUUCUGAUGCUCUGCGGAUGUAUCAAUCCGAAUAUGCUCUUCAGGUUUUAUUGGACAACGAACCCAUGCACUAGUUCUUCCACCCGAUCCCCCGUCAUCCAUUGUAAUCCUACCCGCUAUGUCACGGUGUUGUAACGGACUUCAUCGCGAAGUGGCACUUUAUAAGUACACGGGCAGUAACAUAGUCCCUCCUCAUUUCUUCUGGUUUCGAAUCGAGACUUUUUUGCGGAGCAUAUUGGUGAGGACUUGAGGGAAUUAGAAUGAGCUGUCAGCAACUCAUCGGGAAAGUUUCGCCCAACGUCUUUGCCUACAAAAAUAUUUUUCCAGUACGGCUGGAGACAUGAUAUCAUCUUCACAUGACUUAAGCGUCCAGAGAUUCAAU